AUGAGGAUUUCCGAGUUCUCGCAUCACCUGAAGAAGACGUCCCUGUGGGACAAUGACAACCAAGCCGACCCGGAGGCUGAGCAGACAACGGCCGAUAUUCUGGCUAAGGCUACUGCUACAAUUCGAGCAAGUCUCGGAGUGAACAACCCGGAGGACAUCUGGAAAGCCUUGGGACUUUAUCUCCGGAAGCAGCUUAUGUAUCACAAUGCCGUCGGUAUCACGGAUUUUGGCGCGUUUGGCUUUAGCGAGAGCAACGAGCCAGUGUUUGUGCAAGACCCUGUGUUUCUUCACAUGACUCGACUGUGCUUGGCAUCGCGGAAACGAGGCGACCUCAUACAGCCAACUCUACCGGAAGAUGAGGACGUUGCCAGCAUCGAAAUGAGUGAACUUGCCGCUAACUAUCUUCAAAACUGCAGCAAAGAACUAGUGAAAACGGUCAUCUCGAGUGUUCUGGCGUGGGUCGUUGCGUGGGCGAAAGACGGUCAAGAGAUGAGACUGAGUUUCCUUCCUGUAGGUGAAUGGAUCUGUGAUGGUAACAGUGUGGAUUUCGAAUUCGCAGACACUUUUCGUAAAGAAAAUGGCUCUCCGGUUGUCCGAUCUCUCUACAAGCUAUGCCAGCCGACAUCCUCAUCGAUAGCAAAGCAGUUGCCACCUCAUGGACAGCGUCGCAGCCCUGCUGCAAAAGAAAUCGUCGAUGCCAUGCGGAACUCUCGCCCCACUACAGCAUCCAGCUCUCGAACUUGCAGAACCAACCAGAGUGGCAAGACUGCGUCACAGCCUACAACUCAGCAAAUGGAUACGAUUGAUCGCUUGCGUAAGAGACUCAGCAGAAGCAAAGUAGUGCAAGGGCUCAACGCGCUAGUCGCUGUCUUGAAUCCUAUCAAGACGAGUGCCGUAUCGUCUACUGAACUCAGUUUAUCACUGCGAAAAUUGGGUGUCAAAGUCUCAUCAGCCGAACUGAAAGAGCUUGCGACAGCCUUCGCUCACGAGAAGCGAGGAUAUGUAGAUACUCGCAAACUUCUCGAUGCACUUCGAGGCCAUCCGUUGAGUGGUGAGCGACUUGAGGUAGUGGCAAGAGUUUUCCACCAAUUGGAUCAGGAAUGCUCGGGCUCGGUGCAUAUUGACGACCUGGUCAAGCAUUACGAAGUGGGAUUUCUACCACAAGUACGAGACGGGAAGCAGAGUAGACUGGAAGCUCUGACUGAGUUCCUUCACGAGUGGGCCUGUGUGAACUCUACUGCUACCGACAACAUAACGUUCGAAACGUUUGCCGAGUACUAUCAUAAUGUAAGCGCUUGUAUCGACAACGAUGCCGACUUCGAGCGGCUAAUGCGUGAAGCGUGGCACGUACCCGAGCGAACCUCAAACCAAGAUGAUCAGUCAAGGAUGGAACACAGCAACAACGUACCAGCGACAACCUUCGAUAUGACAUCGGGGGAUUAUCUAGCACCUCCUCUAUCGGACGAGAACGAGUGGGAUAAUACUGAAGGGGUAAAGAUGAAGCUCCGAGAAGAAACGUCUCCGGACGAGGUGUGGUCGUAUCUCCGCACACAGUUGCUUUUCCCCCAAAACUACGAAGAUGGAGCUAGACGAUGGCCAACUCUGGAUAAUAUGUGUCGCCGAUUGGGUGCAAACCGCGUUAUGGGUGACGGUAACGAGUCGAUGAACAUCAAAGCGUUUGCUCAGGCGCUGGUCUUGCUGGACAAGCGCUUGCCAUUCAAGAAAGCCUACGACUUGGCGCGCUUCGUGGCUGCCCAUUGUUGCAACGAACUUGGCGAUAGUGAAACCAUCGUGCUCCAAUCUCUCUACCGUCAGAUUAGGACAAACCCGAACGAGGUUGCAGCCAAAGAACUAUCAGUCGCCAACAACUACAUCGAGUAUUACGCAUCCAGAGCUAUCGAGAGGAUCCGUGCGCGUGUGAAAGGGUUUCGUCUUAAUGAUGAUAAGGCUGACAGCUCGUCGCUUGUGGAUAUUGCGACUUUGGAGAAAUGGCUACAGGCAUCAAGCUCCACUGGUGACUGCCUACUGCUAAAGUACGAGCUGAGAAGUGCCCUCCUAAAAGUCGGCAUCGAUGUCACCUACCACGAUCUGGACUACCUCUUCGCCUACUUUGACGUUGAACGCCAAGGUUUUAUCAACUACGAAUUGUUCUUGGAUACACUUCGUCUUUCCUCGGGUGUGCUGCCAAAACUUGCCAAACGACUAGAAAAACGAGUGACGAUACAAGAACAAACUCACGAGAAUUUUCCAGCGAACGGUCAGCCGUCCAUUGCUUUGGUCUCGGCAGCGUCAGCUCCGCCUGUAAGACGGAGGAAGCAGCUAACACCUCGAGAGCCGCAGCUUAACUACCGCCGCCGAAACGUGAUCCAUCGAGCGAUCUAUGACCAAACCACAAGACCAGCCUUCACCGAAUCACUAAACUUCAACUUCCUCGGGAUCGAGCGACGACGUCGCGACUAUGCCGCGCAGUUAAUACAGACUGUUUUUCGAGGAUUUCGUGCUCGUCGGAUCGUAUCUCGGCUUCGUCUUAAAGUGGCCGCCAGAAAUUGUCGCUUCAACAUGAUGGCUCAGGAACAGCAGCAAUGGCUUGGCAACAAGAAGCUUCACCGAACUGCUCUGCCGACUGCGUAUGGCUUCUAGGCGACAAAAUGUUUUUAAAAGCGAUAAUACUCCUUCGACUUCC